CUGUCCUUUCAGCCCUUCUGCUGCUGCUGUGCCCAGGACUCCCUCCCCUGCCACUCCUGUUCCCUAAGAGCACGGGGGCAAUAAACCUUUUACCCAGGGAGCUUUCCCCACCCCGAGGCUGUCCCUGCACAUCCCCGAGGAGCUGGCAGGGCCCAGCCUCUCCUGGGGGAUCAUGGACUGACAGAGGAGCUUUGCCAGCCCCAGCUGCCAGCACCCUUUGCCUGGACCCUGAUGGAGGCAGGACUGCAUUACCAUGGUGAUGAUCUUAACCAAAACUCGGGAAAACAAAGGUGCUGACUCCGUAACAUGCAGGACUGAGCUGCACACUCCAAAGAUGAGUCAAGGACCUACCCUGUUCUCCUGUGGCGUGAUGGAAAAUGACAGAUGGAGAGAUCUCAGCAGGAAAUGUCCACUCCAGCUCGAGCAGCCGGGCGCCAGCAUCUGGGACUGCCUGUCGGACAAGGGCGAGGAGGGCUCGCGCUGGCCCAGGGACACGGCCGGCACCUGCUCCGUCACCAACCUGAUCAAGGAGCUGAGCCUCAGCGACCCCCACGGCCACCCCUCCGCCCCUCCCAGCAAGCGCCAGUGCCGCUCCCUGUCCUUCUCCGAUGAGAUGUCGGGCUGUGGGACCUCCUGGAGGCCCCUGGGCUCCAAGGUGUGGACGCCGGUGGAGAAGAGGCGCUGCUACAGCGGCGGCAGCGUGCAGCGCUACUCCAACGGCUUCGCCACCAUGCAGAGGAGCUCCAGCUUCAGCCUGCCCGCCCGCUCCAACCCACUCUGCGGCGGGCAGCCCAGGAGAUCGGCUGCUGGAGGCCACGGGGGAGACAGGGUGGACAUCCAGAGGUCCCUGUCCUGCUCGCACGAGCGCUUCUCGUGCUCGGAGUACGGCGCGCCCUCGGCCUGCAGCACGCCCGCCUCCACGCCCGAGCUGGGCCGCCGCGCCGCCGGCCUGGCCCGCAGCCGCUCCCAGCCCUGCGUCCUCAACGACAAAAAGGUGGGCAUCAAGCGCAGGAGGCCCGAGGAGGUCCAGGAGGAGCGGCCCUCGCUGGACCUCGCCAAGAUGACCCAGAACCGCCAGACUUUCAACAGCCUCACCUGCCUCAGCAGCACGGCCGAGGACGGCUCCCAGCGGCUGCCGGGCCCUCAGGCAUGGCCGGCGGCCCCCGAGGUGAUGCCGGGCCGGACCCCCGCCUGCACCCCGGUCCCGGAGCCGGCCCGGGCCCGGCCCUGUGAGCACCGCGCCAGCAGGGACGACCUGUCCUGUGAGGAGGAGGAGGAGGCCACCGCCAAGGAGGAGCACAGGGCAGCCUGGAGGAGCACCGAGAGCCUCUUCCAGCUGGAUGGCGAGCUAGACAUCGAGCAGAUCGAGAACAACUGA